ACUUCCAUUUUCAUACAUUUUGCAACUCAAAAUCAAUCCCCAUUGACAAACAAUGGCUUCCAUGCUUAGCUCUGGAACUGUUCUUAGGCCAACCCCAUUUCUUGGCCAAACCAAAAAUUCUAACCCUCUUAGAGAUGUUGUCUCUUUGGGCACUCCCAAAUAUGCAAUGGGAAAUGAACUAUGGUAUGGGCCAGACAGAGUGAAGUACUUGGGACCAUUUUCAGCUCAGACUCCAUCUUACUUGACUGGAGAAUUCCCUGGAGACUAUGGUUGGGACACUGCUGGUUUGUCAGCCGACCCUGAGGCCUUUGCCAGGAAUAGGGCUCUUGAGGUCAUCCAUGGAAGAUGGGCAAUGUUGGGAGCACUAGGCUGCAUCACACCAGAAGUACUUGAGAAAUGGCUUAGGGUUGAUUUCAAGGAACCAGUAUGGUUCAAGGCAGGAGCUCAAAUUUUCUCAGAAGGUGGCUUGGAUUACUUAGGCAACCCUAACCUAGUCCAUGCUCAAAGCAUCCUCGCCGUUCUCGGAUUCCAAGUCGUCCUAAUGGGACUCGUCGAAGGAUUCCGCAUCAAUGGCCUCCCUGGUGUUGGUGAAGGCAAUGAUCUUUACCCUGGUGGCCAGUACUUUGACCCUCUUGGCCUUGCUGAAGACCCCGUUACAUUUGCUGAACUUAAGGUUAAAGAAAUCAAGAAUGGUAGGCUAGCCAUGUUUUCAAUGUUUGGUUUCUUUGUUCAAGCCAUUGUUACCGGUAAAGGUCCCUUGGAGAACCUAUUGGACCACCUUGAUAACCCUGUUGCAAACAAUGCUUGGGUCUAUGCUACUAAGUUUGUGCCUGGGUCUUAAAUGAAAAUAGCCAAAAGGUCAAAACUUGUAUAAUUUGCUUUGUGUGGAUUAGAAAUUGAGAUAUGUGUAUUUAUGUGAUUGUAGGUUUUGAACAACUUUGACAAAUCAAAUUAUGUGCCAUUAAGAAUUGAA